AAAUUUGAAACCAUCAGAUAAUUUUUACUGUUUGUUUUCUGAGAUGAAUUAUAUAAUAACAGUCAGCGCCCUUCCAAAACACGAAAUAAUUUUGUUAUAAUGUUUUAAAUAAAACAAGUAUGAACGAUUGUCCUCUUCGACAUUUUACAUUGGACUCUCACAGUUAAAGUUAUUAACACUAUGCGUUCGCUAAUAUUAAAUUUUACUUCACUAUUUUUCUUGACAUUUCUUAUUCAGAUUGAUUGUUCAAGACAAUCCAGACAGAACGCUAAAAAGGAAAAUUUUCCUCCACUGUCAGAAUCUUUUUUGACAUAUAUGAUUGAGGCUAUUAAAUGGGAAGCUAAAGAACCAAAAGAUAGAAAAAUUGUUCUUCCGGAAUAUGAUUUUAUUGUGGUUGGAGCAGGAAGUGCAGGAGCCGUAGUAGCAAGCAGAUUAUCAGAGGUACACGAAUGGAAAGUUCUACUAAUUGAAGCUGGUCAAAAAUCCACUCAUUUAAUGGAUGUACCAAUUACAGCAGUUUAUUUGCAAGGGUCGGAUGUUGAUUGGAAGUAUAAAACAGUACCGAUGAACAAUUCUUGCUUGAGUUUUGAUAAACGACGCUGCAAGAUACCAAGAGGAAAAGUGAUGGGUGGAAGCAGCAUUCUGAACUUUAUGAUUUACAAUAGAGGUAACAGAAGAGAUUAUGACAACUGGGCCGCAUUAGGCAAUGAAGGUUGGAGUUACGAUCAAGUCCUUAAAUAUUUCAUAAAAUCGGAGCGGGACAAUCUAUCACAACGUGAAAAGAAUUUCCAUGGCAAAGAUGGGCCUUUAUGGGUAUCUGAUGUCAAUUAUAAGACAAAAGUUGCUAAAGCUUUUGUUAACAGUUUACUACAAAUCGGACAUCCUAUUAUUGAUAUAAAUGGUGAAAAACAAAUCGGAGCAAACUAUUUACAGGUUACAAUGAAAAACGGUCGUAGAUGGAGUACCAAUUCAGCUUUUUUGUAUCCAGCAAGUAAAAGAAAGAAUUUACACGUAAAAAAAUAUAGUACAGUCACUAAAAUUUUAAUUGAUUCAGUCUCAAAAACAGCAAUUGGAGUAGAAUAUGUGAAUGGACAUAAAAAAUAUAGAGUUUAUGCUAGAAAAGAAGUUAUAGUAUGUGGUGGUGCAAUUAAUUCACCACAAUUGCUAAUGUUGUCAGGCAUUGGACCUGAAGCUCAUUUGAAAGAAAAAGGCAUUCCUGUAUUGAGUAAUUUACCAGUGGGUGAAAAUUUAAUGGAUCAUAUAUCAUUAGGAGGUUUAUUUAUCUUAAUAAAUGAUACCGUAUCGAUAAAAAUGGAUAGAUUGUUAAAAGAUCCGUUUACGAUGUACAACUAUACUACUGGUAUAGAUAGCACAAUAUCAGUAGCUGGUUGCACAGAAGCGUUGGCAUUUUUUGAUACAAAAAAUCCAAAUAAUUCAGAUGGCCAUACCGAUCUUGAAUUGCUAUUGUUUUCUUCUUCGUACACUUCUGAUGUUUCAGCUCACAAAUACUUUGGGCUUCGAACGGACAUCUUUAAUAAAGUUUAUAAUCCAGUUGCAGACAAAGACAGUUUUAUAGUGUUUCCAAUGGUCAUGCGCCCUAAAAGUAAAGGUCGUAUUUGGUUAAGAGAUACGAAUCCUUUCCACCAUCCAUUUAUUGAUCCUAAUUAUUUUUCAAACAAGGCCGAUUUGGAUGUGAUAGUUGCUGGCGUUCGUAUUGUUCAGCGAAUGUUAAAGACAGACGCUAUGAGAAAACUUGAUGCCCAAAUAUUGACAACUCCGUUGCCUGGUUGUACCAAAUACGUUUUUGAUUCGAACGCCUAUUGGAAAUGUGCAGCCCGACAAAUUAGUUAUUCUAUGUAUCAUUUAUCUGGUACAUGUAAAAUGGGACCAGUUGGUGAUCCCACUGCGGUAGUUGAUCCAAGACUUCGUGUUCACGGUGUCAAGCGAUUGAGGGUCAUAGACGCUUCAAUUAUGCCUGAAAUUCCAGCCGGUCACACAAAUUCACCUACCAUUAUGAUCGGAGAAAAAGGGGCAGAUAUGAUUAAAGAGGAUUGGGGUGCCACUAUUGUAAAUAAUGUUUAGAUGCAAUUGAAUAUUUGAUAUUAAUUAUAAUUUAUUUAGGGGUAACUUUCGAAAGAUACCCCUUCAUAUUAGGAAUAUUAAUAUAUAUUUGUCUUUUUAAUUUAAAUAUAUUUAUUAUGUUCAAGAAAAA